GUGGGGCUGACAGGUCGGCCGGCUGGUCCGUGGGGCCCGGGCCGCCACGCACACCUGCGUGUAGGAGAGGCGGCGAGGUUCCCCGGGAGGAGAGAAUGACUUCGGUGUCCCCCGCAGUCUGGUUUGCACGUAAAGAAUGCAGCCAUCUGGCGGCUCGCGGUCCCCGGACUUGCCCCGAAGGUAGGCAUUGGGCAGAGACUAGACGCCUUUUGGGGAAGGUAUUCGUGGUCAGCACUGGCACCGCGGCUCGCACUAGCAGUAUUUCAUGAGAAUGGAUGGUGAUAGUUCGACCACAGACGCUUCGCAGCUGGGUAUUUCUGCAGACUACAUUGGAGGGAGCCACUACGUCAUACAGCCCCACGAUGAUACUGAGGACAGCAUGAAUGAUCAUGAAGACACAAAUGGCUCAAAAGAAAGUUUCCGAGAACAAGAUAUCUAUCUUCCAAUUGCAAAUGUGGCUAGGAUAAUGAAGAAUGCCAUACCUCAAACAGGAAAGAUUGCAAAAGAUGCCAAAGAAUGUGUUCAAGAGUGUGUAAGUGAGUUUAUUAGCUUUAUAACAUCUGAAGCAAGUGAGAGGUGCCAUCAGGAGAAACGGAAGACAAUCAACGGGGAGGACAUUCUCUUUGCCAUGUCCACCCUGGGCUUUGACAGUUACGUGGAGCCUCUGAAGCUGUACCUGCAGAAAUUCAGGGAGGCUAUGAAAGGAGAGAAAGGAAUUGGUGGAGCAGUCACGGCCACAGACGGACUGAGUGAAGAGCUCACCGAAGAGGCAUUCACUAACCAGUUACCAGCUGGCUUAAUAACUGCAGAUGGUCAACAACAAAAUGUCAUGGUUUAUACAACAUCAUAUCAACAGAUUUCUGGUGUUCAACAAAUUCAGUUUUCAUGAUCUGAAGAAAUGAUGGGCUGGGAGUGUAGAGAUGAAAGUCUGAUUCUGGAACUGAGACAUUGGAAGACAGUGACUGGUGAAAAAAAUGUCUCUUUGUACAUUAAAAAGCUGUAAUGUAGCUUCCUGAUGCUUGACUAAUUGAGGUGUUAAUUCUAACUUGAGAAUCUUUUUCAUGAAUGAUUUUAAAGGAAAAUUUGGAUUUUAAAGGUAUUAAAAUAUUUUUGUUUUGUACGAGAGUUUGUUGCGCUGUGUGACUCCUGUAUGCAUUGUAUAUUGCAAUUUAUUACUGUCAGAGAUUUGUAGACAGUUUCUUAUUUUCAUAUUGAAUCAUGUUACUUUUGUAAUUCAAGUAAGCAGCUGGGUUAAUUCAUGAUGUUUGCUCUUUUAAUAAAAUAUAAGGGUAGAGUUCAUUUUGAAUGCAAGUUGCCUUUGUUAUAAAUUUGAGUUUGUCUUGGCUAUAGAUAUUAUCUUGCAUGGUAACCUAGCUAGGUUUUUAGCAUUUGCCAUAUCUAUUAAGGUUAAUUUUUUUGGGUACAACAUUCAAAGCAGCACCAUUUAAAAAAUGUAACUGAAUAAUUUGUGAAUGCAGAAGUUAUUGUCUGCCCUAUUAAACUCGGUGCCCAUUAACAGUGUUUACACUGUUCAUUGUGCCUGUUAACGUAGUUUUACUUAUUAGAGCUUUUGUUAAGACUAGAUUUUGACUUACUUUGUAGCAAGUAUUAGAAUUCACUGAAGUUUGACAUAGUUCUAGAACCCUCCAAAGGGUGCCCCUUUCAUUUGGUGUAUGAUUUUUUUUCAAAGCAUAUCUUCAAGUAUUAUAGUAUCCUCUUCCAGAAGAGGAAUUUUACCUUUUUUUUAAAUUGAAAUGUCGUUUCCUAUUGUGAUAUGGGAACCAGGAAACAUUGGAUAUCAUGUGUACAGACCUUUUGGACGGUGAAUGAAUGAGAAUGAAAACAGAGCGAGUGCUACAAACAGUGUGAAAGAAAGCCUGGACCUCGUGUGCUGUCUUGCUCUUGGCAAUAAACUAAGAUAGUGUGACUUUGUAUGA